AGGCCUACUCAAAUUCAUAUGGGAGCAGUAGGGAGGGGUCUUUACGAAAAUGCCCUCAGAGUUAAGCAGCGCCAUGGGAUUUCUCUAACAACCGGAGCUAAAAAUCCUUCACAGUGGUGCAAGCUAAUAAAAGGGUAUCUCAGUCAUAACCUCCUCAAUGAAGCACUCUACAUCUACGCCCAAAACUUGCCCAAUAGAACCCAGCAGCCAAUACGUACUUCUAUUCUCAAAGCAUGCGCCUCCGCCUCUUUGAUUAUGCUUGCAAAAUCCUUACAUUCAGAAUCUAUCAAGACUGGGAUUGUGCAUAAUGUAAUUGUGGGAACUACGUUUAUCUCAAUGUACUGUAAAUGCGGCAAAUUAAUCGAUGCCCGUAAGUUGUACGAUGAAAUGCCUGUGAGAAAUGAGGUUACGAACAAUGCCAUGAUUGGUGGGUACGCGUCAAAUUCUGACAUGAGCUCUGCGAUGGCUCUCUUCGACUGGUUUCCUACACGGACCCCGGUUACCUGGGCGACGAUGAUCGAGGGGUUUGCGAAGACAGGGGACACGAUAGGCGCAAGGGAAUUUUUUGAACGCACUCCGACGGAGAUGAGAACGGUGGUGACAUGGACCAUUAUGGUAAAUUGUUAUACAACUAAUGGAGAUAUGGACGCCGCGAGGGAAAUUUUCGAUCUCAUGCCAGAGCACAAUGUCUUUGUGUUGUCCUCAAUGAUCACAGGGUAUUUUAAGAAGGGCAAUGCUGAAGAGGCUAGAGCUAUGUUUGAUCAAAUUCCCGAACCAAACUUAGUGAAUUGGAAUUCUUUGAUUGCGGGGUACGCACAAAUCGGUCGCUCCAGUGAAGCAUUGGAAGCUUAUAGAAAGAUGCAGGAGUCUGGCAUCGCUCCCGAUGAAUUCACAGUGGCUAGUGUGUUAUCAGCUUGUGCACAGAUAGGAGCUCUAGAUAUCGGCAAGGAGGUUCAUGAACUUAUAAACCAAACAAGAAUCCAGAAAAACCAAUUUGUACUAAACGGGCUAAUCGACAUGUAUGCAAAAUGUGGGGAUCUUGAUACAGCCAAAAGAAUCUUUGAGGGCAUGAGAUGGAGGAAUGACUCGUGUUGGAACACGAUGAUCUCAGGUCUCGCUAGCAAUGGCCUGAGUGAAGAAGCUCUCCAACUGUUUGCUAGUAUGGAAGUGUCGGGGGAAGACCCUAAUGGAGUGACGUUUCUUGUCGCCCUUUCAGCCUGUACACACGGAGGUUUAGUCGAGCAAGGUCUCGAAAUAUUCAGGAAGAUGGAAAGCUAUGGAGUCGAGCGUGGGAUUGAGCACUAUGGGUGUUUGGUCGAUCUUUUAGGGCGAGCGGGGAGAUUGGCUGAAGCUUAUGAUGUGAUCAUGAACAUGCCGAUGAGAGCGAAUGAAGCUGUGUGGGGAGCUAUGCUUGGAGCUUGUAGAGUCCAUAUUGAUACUGAUAUGGCAGGGAGAGUUAUUAAUAAAGUUGGUGCAUCGAAGAAUGAUGGAGAAUAUGUGAUGUUGUCGAAUAUCUAUGCGGCUUCGGAGAGAUGGGAGGAGGCUGAGAGGAUUAGGAGGAGGAUGGUGAACAACGGGGUGCAAAAGACUCCUGGUUGCAGUUCCGUUGUAGUACCAAACGGAGAGUGCCAGUUCUAAAGUGAAGUAGAUGGUCUUCUUGAACUUAACUAAUGUCAUCAACUAUAUGAAGCUUGCAGGUGUGCAGUUCAUUUCAUUUUGAUCAUAUUGUAAUUUAUUAUUGUUAUUGUUAUUUUGUUAUUAAAAUCGUAAUUUAUUUUUGUUGUUAA